ACAUUGAUGCUUCGGAACAAUUACCGCCCUAUAUGAAGCUCUCCUACCGUGCUCUUGUACAAGUUUACACUGAAGCAGAGAGAGAAUUGGAAAAUCUUGGAAAUAAGAUGACAUUUAGAGUCAAAUAUUCCAUCAAUGAGAUGAAAAAGUUGUUGAGGGCUUACUUCCAAGAGGCCAAAUGGUAUCAUGAGAAAGUUGUGCCAACAAUGGAACAAUAUAUAAAGAAUGGAAUUCCAUCCAGCACUUACCUAUUGCUUGCUACUACUUCUUGGUUAGGCAUGGGAGAUGUAGCAACUAAGGAUGCGUUUGAUUGGAUAUCGAAUGAACCUACAAUUCUUGUAGCUUUGUCUAUCAUUGCAAGAUUACUCAAUGAUCUCGUAACACAUGAGAUAGAAGUGGAAAGAGGAGAUGUAGCAUCGGGUAUUGAAUGUUACAUGAACGAGUAUGGUGCCACAAAAGAAGAAGCUUACAUGGAGACAAGGAAAAUAAUAGAGAAUAAUUGGAAGGUUUUGAAUAGAGGAUGCCUAAAGCCUACAACAGUACCAAGAGUUUUACUCAUGCCAGUGCUCAACCUUACGAGGGUGGCAGAGUUCUUUUAUAAAGAUGAUGAUGCUUAUACUUUUUCCACAAAUAACUUGAAAGACAUCAUCUCUUUGGUGCUAAUUGAUCCUAUUACAACAUAAGAGAACUUUACAAUGAAACUACUAGUACUUCAUAAACAUCUAACAUUUUUUGAUGUUGCUUAUUUCUGUGCUAAGUUCUAGCUUAGCUAAAAUUGCCUAUGUUUUAUUUAUGUACUUUGUUAUGGUUGUCAAUUGAUAUAUGGACUGCUUUGAUACAGUUAAUACAAACUACAAUAUAUAUAAAAUCACCUAGCAUUAUAUAUAGAUUAGUCUUUCGACUACCCAACCCUAGUAAUUGGCACUGUAACAAACUACUUUGCUCUUUUUAGUUUUCAUUGCUCACUUCCAAAAGGAAAAAAUAUAACAUCAACAAAUACAGAUACAAAA